AUGGCACCCGCUUAUAACCAAACCACGACGGCCGAGGAGCUCGCGGGCCAUUUCCCCGCCGAGAUCAAAGACAAGGUGGUUCUGACCACAGGGCCAUCACCAACCAGCAUCGGCGCGACAUUCGUGGAGGCAAUCGCUCGAGCGCAGCCUGCCCUGAUAAUCCUAGCCGGGCGAAACCCCAGCAAGCUCCAGAAAACAGCAGACGCAAUUUCGCAAAAGCAACCGCAGGUACCAGUCCGUCUAUUGCAGCUUGAUUUGGGCUCGCUGGCUGCUGUGCGUGAAGCCGCUGCAGAGGUUAAGAGCUGGGAUGAUGUACCGCACAUCGACGUGCUGGUUAAUAAUGCAGGGAUUAUGGCUACGAAUUUUGCGUUGAGCCCGGACGGCUUCGAGAAUCAGUUUGCGACGAACCAUCUGGGUCAUUUUCUGUUUACGAAUUUGAUCAUGGGUAAGAUUCUGGCGUCUCGAUCUCCACGCGUGGUCAAUGUUAGCAGUGACGGGCAUCGGCUGAGUCCAAUUCGGUGGGCGGAUUAUAACUUUCGUGAAGGAGAGACUUAUAAUAAAUGGACUGCGUAUGGCCAGUCAAAGACUGCCAACAUUCUGCUGGCCGUCUCACUGGCGGAGAAGCUAGGAUCCAAGGACUUGUUGGCCUACAGCCUGCAUCCUGGGGUCAUUUCCAGCACUUCUCUUUCAGCAGGACUGGAGGAUUCGGACACGGAUUUUGCAGCAUUGAAUGCUCUUGACAAAUCCCUGGGAAACGCGGAAGGCUGGCGGGGGUUUCGGCUCAAGACAGACCAGGAAGGAGCAGCGACGACUGUUUAUGCUGCUUUUGAGCCUGCCUUGCAAGAGAACAACGGUGCGUAUUUGCAGGACUGUCAUAUAGCUGAUCCUUGGACGGACACUGUGAAGCCAUGGGCCACAGACAAGGUGGAAGCCGAGAAGCUAUGGAAGCUGAGCGAGAAGCUAGUUGGGCAGGAGUUCAGUUAUUGA